UCACAACUAUCCCUCUUUCCCCCUUCAUUUUCACCUCCAUACAAAUGUUCGUGCUACUGUUUAGGAAGUUAUCUUUACCUAGUUUACUUUUCAGGAAAACCAGCGGCUUUCGUUUUUAAGGACUUUUGUUUUGAAAGGAACUCCUCCUGGGUGGCCAUCUCGGAAAUCUUGGUGGUUUGUGUUGAUGUGGCCGAAGGCUGGCAGUUCCUGAGCCACCGUUAACCGCUUACAGGAAAUAUGGACAACUCGACCAAAGAAAAAGAGGCCAUUGCUCUAAUGGCAGAAGCCGAAAAGAAAGUCAGAUCCUCGCAAUCUUUCUUCGGCUCGUUGUUCGGUGGUUCUUCAAAGAUGGAGGAAGCAUGUGACACGUAUGGCAGAGCAGCAAACAUGUUCAAGAUGGCAAAGAACUGGAGUGCUGCAGGAAAUGCCUUCUGUCAGGCAGCGCUCCUUCACCUGCAGAUGCAGAGCAAACAUGAUGCAGCAACUAACUUCAUUGAUGCUGGCAAUGCCUUUAAAAAAGCUGACCCUCAAGAGGCCAUUAACUGCCUGAUUAGGGCAAUCGAGAUUUACACAGAUAUGGGUCGUUUCACAAUUGCAGCAAAGCAUCAUGUGACCAUUGCAGAGAUCUAUGAAACAGAACUAGUUGACAUUGAUAAGGCUAUAGCUCACUAUGAGCAAGCAGCAGAUUACUACAAAGGAGAGGAGUCCACAAGCUCAGCUAACAAGUGUCUGCUUAAAGUUGCUGCUUAUGCAGCUCAGCUGGAGCAGUAUCCAAAAGCCAUUGAGAUAUAUGAGCAGGUUGGAACACAAGCAAUGGACAGCACACUAUUGAAAUACAGUGCUAAGGAUUAUUUCUUUAAGGCAGCGCUUUGCCACUUCUGUGUUGACAUGCUUAAUGCCAAGCUGGCUUUGCAGAAGUAUGAGGAAAUGUUUCCUGCCUUUUCAGACUCACGUGAAUGCAAAUUGGUCAAGAAACUGUUGGAUGCAUAUGAGGAACAGAAUGUUGACAUGUAUACUGACUCAGUGAAGGAGUAUGAUAUAAUCUCACGACUGGAUCAGUGGCUUACCACUAUCUUGCUGCGCAUCAAGAAAACCAUACAAGAGGAUGAGAGUGACCUUCGUUAACAACCUUAUUCUUUGCCCCAACUCUUCUUCAAUUCUUAUACAUUGACCUUCCCCUUGUUUUUCUUUUUAUCGUCUAAACAGCAGUGCAGUGACUUCCUUCUUAAGUGCUUUUUCUCAGAUUCCAUUCAUAUUUGCAGCUCAGACAUGGAUAAUAGGCUGCAUUCAGACACUGAAGAACACUAAGAAAUAGCUUGUUGUUUAGACAAGCAGAGGUUUGAAGAGUGCCUUAGAACUAAAACUAACCGCAGUAUAAUGGACAGUCCUUGCUUAAGGACAAUAGAUGCUGUGGAUUCAUGCUUUGUGCCCACUUUUAUUACUAUGCACAAAAUGCCUCCCCUCAGACCACUACCGCUCCGCCUAGUUUAUGCUAUCUUAUGAUAUCUUGGUCAGUUUGAGCUAUCUUAUCAGUUGUGUUACUUGCAUAAGUGCUGAUACUAUGAAUUCACUGCAGUAACUUUUUACUGCUUAAUUCUUCAUGGCCUUCCUUGUGUAUGUGGGUUAUUUUUCUUUCCUUGCUUUUGUAUUUUAAACAGUGAUGACCAUUGAAAAACACAUUUCACUGGUUAGUUCUAUUAAUAAAGCUCAAAAUUUGGUAAAAGUAACUAUAUUAUUGAACUGUACACAUAAAAAAAGUUCAUUGCAUAUUAAAAAUAUAGUUUAAUGAGUUCUUGUUUAUCAAGUUUGUAUGCUGUCCUACCCAUGCAGAAUGGUGAAUUUCUGUAAUAAUACUCCGGUUUUAAGAUAAAUAUUGAUGGUUAAUUCCAGCAAUGGGGUUCUCAGUACUUGUGCGGGACAAAGCUUUUGAAACUAGUACAGUAAUGUACUAGUACACUUGUACAGUGGUUUUACAACACAGAUUUUGGCUGUCAAUUUAUGAGCACAAAACAGUAGAUAGUUGGUAAAACAUCGCCUGUUCGUGGCUGACGGGAGUAGACCCUGAUGUGAUCCUCUGCUGUUGUAGCCCAUCCACCUCAAAGUUGGAGAUGCUGUUCUGCUUACCACAGUUGUAAAUUUGUACCACAGUUGUACCUCAGAGUGACUGGUUUACUGUAGAUUUCCUGUCAGUCAAAGUCAAAACUCUCAUCAGCAAGGAUUUUCUUCACACAGAACUGCCACAUACUGCAUGUUUUUGUUUUACUUACCAUUUUGUGUAAAUUCUAGAAUCACCAACAAUCAUGCCACAGUCAAAGUCACUGAGAUCAAAUAUUUCCCUAUUCUAUUUGAUGUGAACAUUAACUGAAUCUUUCAACCUGUAUCUGUAUGAUUUUAUGCAUUAUUCUGCUGCUACAUGAUUGGCUGAUUGGAUAAUCACAGUGAGUGUGUACAAGUGUUCCUAAUAAAGUGGCCAAUGACUGUG